AGUCUGAAGCCUGGGCGCGCGCGGUCUGGACAAAGCCUCGAGUCUCGGAGGUGUUUUUCGUUCAUGAUGUGACGGCUCUCGUUCAGGAUCUGCCCCCCUCUGUCCUCUGACCCCUCUGUCCUCUGACCCCUCUGUCCUCUGACCCCUCUGUCCUCUGACCAUCCCGUGGGACGUAGGACAUUUCCUCAGAUCUUGUUUCUUUGUCGUGGGUCAAACCGCAGCGGGAAUGACGCGCGUGGAGCGCGUGUGUGCGCGGCUCCUCUGGACUCGGAGAUCUUGACGCUGUGAAACCUGCAGAGACUCGCCAUCAGCUCCUGAGACGUUUAGCCUGACAAACUUCACCGUCGUCAUGGAGAAUUUAAGCGAACUGCAGAAUCCGCUGCUGGACAAAAACACGAAGCACCUGGUGAACGGGUACGGCGGCGAUGUGCCAAAUAACCAGUACCAGGAGAACAUUAUCAACUACUUCGCGGGCAGCGGCGAGGGCGGAGGCGCUAACAAAGUGGCUAGCAAAGUGGCUAACGGUACGGUGGCCAACGCCGGGAACUACAACACAAACGGUCGAAUCAAAACGCAACAACUCCUGGACGCUACCUCUCUGCAUCUGGCCGUGGAAGCUUUCUACAAACCCAAUUUUAUACUUUACAAAGACGACGGCGCGAGCAUCAAGGCCAAGGAAUAUAAAAACGAGUGCUGCGAGACCACGUUCACGGAGAAGAAGAGCAAAGACGCCUCCACACCAGCAGGGGGCGACUCCUCGGCGGGAGCAGACGACCCUCAGAACAAACUGACGGACGACGGGGAACACGUCAAGAUCCAGACGGUGUCGUACGAAGUGGAAGAGGAAGAAUACGUAGAGUAUGAGACCGACUGCUCCAGUGACAGUGAGAGUGAGGAUAACUUCAUUGUGGUUCCUCCCAGAGAUCACCUGGGUCUGGCCAUCUUCUCCAUGCUCUGCUGCUUCUGGCCCUUAGGCAUCGCCGCCUUCUACUUCUCACAGGGGACCACCAAAGCCGUGAACAAAGGCGACUUUUCGUUGGCGAACAUCGCGUCUCGGAGGGCCCUCUUCCUCGCCGCUCUGUCCAUCACCAUCGGCACCGGAGUCUACGUCGGGGUGGUCGUGGCCCUCAUCGCCUACUUAUCCAAACCGGGACACAUAUAGCGACGGUGUUGGUUUUGUCGCCAACUUCUGGGAAUUCCGGGCUGGAGGACGAUUUGGGAAUUGUCUGGACUUUUUUGGGGGGAUGUGUCGUACUUUGGCUCUUUCUCUCCGCUCCCCAAGGACUCGCUGUCAGCUGACGUUAGCCACGCGAGCGGAGAGGGGUCACAGAGGAGGGCGCGAGCGAAGGGAAUCUGGGAAUACCGUGUGAAGAGGAAAGUGAUGUUAUAUGUUGGGAAUUUUCCAAGUUUCCCAAAGGAUUUUGCCGUAGCUGAGACUUGGGCCUGAGAUAAACAGAAACGACGGUGCGUUCUGUUUUCAUAAAGACGCACGACGUAGCUUUUCUGGUGCAGGGGUUUGCCACCCGCUCGUCUCCAUGGUGACUGCACGGCAUUAAACUCAUCGAUCUCCAUGGAAACAAGCAGGCGACACCCACAGGCCAAGUUACAAGUCAGAUCUGCGGAGAGUUGGCCUGGCUCACAGUGAGAAUGCAUGUUUAUCUAUGUAUUUUUUAGCUUUUAAAACACCGGAAUAAUCCAGUCAAAGUAAUUCCAUCUCCAUGGAGACAAGCAGGUGGUGUACGUCCUCCACCAGAAAAGUUACAUAUUGCACCUUUUACCAGACUGUAACAGAACAGCUUUGAAAAUGUCGCCGCGUCUCGGUGAAAGAGUUUGGAUUCCUCGUCGUCGUUCUUGUUCUGGACGAAACGGGACAAACCUCUGAGGACUUUCCCAAACGGACCUUGUAAAUUCCUUCUGUUAAUGUUUGGAUCGUGUGAUUUAAAUGUCCAUGAUGUGGUUUUUCCUGCUCACGUGGCUCUGCUUCUGUUCGUCUCCUGUGGCUCCUGUGUCAAACGCACCUGAUCUCACUUUGUGUCACGUAAUUAAAAAGUCAUGACGUUUUCUCAUUGUCU